AAUCCGCACCGGAAGUGGGCAACCGUCUUGACUUGAAACGCCAUCCGAUGUCGCGAGUCAAAUCUGGUUGGUUUCGACAUAAAGACUCGGGUGGUAAAGAAAGUGAUUGGUGAGGGAAAUUAAUAUUUCUCGUAGUUGAUUUAACGUUGUGUGGUAGAGCGCGACUGGGCCGAGGAGUGUCGUUCGCCCGACAAUUUGUCACUUUCGAGGCCUGCGGGAAGCAGCUAACGUAAAGCGGCCAACGUUGACGUAAAGACGCUGACGUAAAGAAGCUAGCAUGUCGGCGGAAGAAGGUCCUCGGGUUGUGUUGUCGUGUGGAGGCGGGACGUCAUCGCUCUGAUCUCGGGAGAAGAAGCUCGAGUUCCGCGGCACUCUUACAUGGACGCUGGGCUGCCCAACCGUGCCAACAAUUGUCUCGUACUGUUGAACAGCGGCCGUUAGCUCCACUUCACAGCACCCCGGCCAUGGCGGACAGCGUCGGACCGGAGUCCAUCGGCGACUCCCUCGCUUCUGGCGGCACCUCCGCCCUCAUGCUUGCCGACUCUAUGGCGGGCGGACAGCCUAGCGAGGGCGACCAGGUCGGGCUUGGUCCCGGCGACUCGCCGGCGGACGGUCUGGCGGCGACGGCCACGGACUUCUGGAACGCGUUCGGCUUGAUUCCACCGGCGGUGUCCGCCAACGUGCACUCGCCGUCUCUCCCGCAGGGUGUCGGUCAGGCGGCGGGCGCAGGGGCAGGACCCGGGCCCCUCACGCAGGUCUACGCCGCCACCUGGGACCCGACCCGGAGCACUGACUGGGACAACGACAAAACUUCACAGCCUGCUAUUUUAAGAAUAAAGAGGGACAUCAUGUCCAUCUACAAGGAGCCUCCGCCAGGAAUGUUUGUGGUCCCUGAUCCUCAAGACAUGACCAAGAUCCACGCCUUGAUCACGGGGCCCUUUGACACGCCGUAUGAGGGCGGCUUCUUCCUCUUCUUGUUUCGAUGCCCCCCCGACUACCCCAUCCACCCGCCACGCGUCAAGCUCAUCACCACCGGCCAGAACACGGUCCGCUUCAACCCCAACUUCUACCGCAAUGGCAAAGUCUGCCUCAGCAUCCUGGGAACCUGGACAGGACCAGCAUGGAGUCCGGCUCAGAGUAUUUCCUCAGUCCUCAUUUCUAUCCAGUCUCUGAUGACGGAAAAACCGUACCACAAUGAACCGGGCUUUGAGCAGGAGCGCCACCCAGGGGACAGUAAGAACUACAACGAGUGUAUCCGCCAUGAGACCAUGAGGGUGGCUGUGUGUGACAUGCUGGAAGGCAAGGUUCCUUGUCCUGAAGCUCUCUGGAGUGUGAUGGAGAAGUCCUUCUUGGAAUAUUACGACUUCUACGAGGGCGUGUGCAAGGAGAGGCUGCAUCUACAAGGACAGAACAUGAAGGACCCGUUCGGAGAGAAGCGAGGUCGUUUCGACUACCAGCGCCUGCUGGCCCGCCUGGGCGUGGUCCACCGGCGAAUACGAGAGAAAUGCGUGAUGAGCGACGACAACGACUCGGACUCGGACACCAGGUCUUCGGAGACGGACCCAGACAGUCAGGGUAGUUCUCAGCCCUGAUGGAUGGCAGCCGAUCAAUACGUUAUUGAUUGAUGGAGGCGCUGGUUGUCCGCAGAGCAGACAAGAACUUAAGAAGGACAUGUGGACUUGGACUAGAAGACGCAUGGAGGAUCAAUAGAUCAAUACAGUAGCACUCCCAGUUCUUCAUGCUAAUAUCAGAAUCAAUCAAUCAAUCAAUAUGAGCUGUUGGUUGACUUAAGUUGAUCAUUCUUAUGAGAGUCUUAACGAUCAAUAAGAGGUAUAUUUACCAUAGUAGUCUGACUAAUCAAUAAGAGGUAUAAUUACCAUAGUCCAGUCUGACUAAUCAAUAUGAUCAAUACUACACAAAGUGAUCAACUUUAUUGACACUUCAUCGAAACAAGUAGGACAUUAAAAGUUGUCCUUGGCCCAAAAUCAAUCAAUCAAAUAAAUAAAUAGGACAUGUCAGAUCAAUCAAUGAUUGAUGUCAGAUCAUUAAUGGUUAGACCAAGUAUCAAUAUCAAUAUGUACCCUCAUAAGCAAUAAUGAACUUAGUCUUGUGCAGGUCUACAGUCUUUCUCAUGGCGUAGUCUUGUGCAGGUCUACAGUCUUUUUUACGGCGUAGUCUUGUGCAGGUCUACAGUCUUUCACGGCAUAGUCUUGUGCAGGUCUACAGUCUUUCACGGCGUAGUCUUGUGCAGGUCUACAGUCUGACAGUCUUUGGUCUUUUUCAUGGCAUAGUUUUGUGCCUACAGUCUGACAGUCUUUGGUCUUUUUCAUGGCAUAGUUUUGUGCAGGUCUACAGUCUGACAGUCUUUGGUCUUUCUCAAGGCAUAGUUAGUCUUGUGCAGAUCUACAGUCUGACAGUCUUUGUCAUGGCGUAGUCUUGUGCAGUCUGACAGUCUUUCUCAUGGCGUAGUCUUGUGCAGGUCUAAAGUCUUUCUCACAGCGUAGUCUUGUGUAGGUCUACAGUCCGACAGUCUUUCUCAUGGCGUAGUGUUGUGCAGGUCUACAGUCUGUCAGUUUUUGUCACGGCGUAGUCUUGUGCAGGUCUAACGUCGGCGUAGUCUUGUGCAAGUCUACAGUCUUUGGUCUUUUUUGUGGCGUAGUCUUGUGCAGGUCUACAGUCCGACAGUCUUUCUCAUGGCGUAGUCUUGUGUAGGUCUACAGUCUGACCGUCUUUGUCACGGCGUAGUCUUGUGCAGGUCUACAGUCUGACAGUCUUUCUCAUGGCGUAGUCUUGUGCAGGUCUACAGUCUGACAGUCUUUCUCAUGGCGUAGUCUUGUGCAGGUCUACAGUCUGACAGUCUUUCUCAUGGCGUAGUCUUGUGCAAGUCUACAGUCUUUGGUCUUUUUCGUGGCGUAGUCUUGUGCAGGUCUACAAUCUUACAGUCGUUCUCAUGGCGUAGUCUUGUGCAAGUCUACAGUCUUUGGUCUCUGUCAUAGUGUAGUCUGCUGCAGGUCUACAGUCUUUCUCAUGGCAUAGUCUUGUCCAGGUCUACAGUCUGACAGUCUUUCUCAAGACGUAGUCUUGUGCAGGUCUACAGUCUUUCUCAAGGCGUAGUCUUGUGCAGGUCUAUAGUCUGACAGUCUUUGUCAUGGCGUAGUCUUGUGCAGGUCUACAAUCUGACAGUCUGUCAUGGUGUAGUCUUGUACAGGUCUACAGUCUUUCUCAUGGCAUAGUCUUGUGCAGGUGUACAGUCUUUCUCAUGGCGUAGUCUUGUGCAGGUCUACAGUCCCUCAUGGUGGUCAAGCAUUGUUCUUGUGUUGAAAUGACUGUCUUCCUGAUAUUUAGCUGACAUGAAGAGUUGGGAGUGCUCCUGGUCUCUCCUCAUAAGUAGCAAAGAUGGCGGUGGGCAUUCUGGACUUCUGGUCUUCUUCAAAGGGAUCUUCAUGCUGCUUGGACCGUCCAUCAACUUCUCAAUAAUGAUCUAGUCUGGUCAAUAAGUCCAGUUGUGGAGACAAAUGUCUUCUCAUGCAAACCAGUUCAAGAAAAAGAUUUGAAAUUGACAACAAUAUUUUCAAACAAAAACGUUUUGGUUUCAAAUCUGUUUCAGUUGUGUUAGAUUGUUUAUGACUCAAUGAAAUGUUUGAUUACAUUUUGAUGGGGGCGGGACUUAAAAAUGAAGACAUAAUAUUCAACAAUAAAAAUUAUCUUAGACCACGCCCACAAGGCUGAAAUUGUGUCAUAACAAUGAUUGAAAUUAUCUUACAACACGCCCACAAGGCUAAAGUGUCAUAAUGAUAGAAACUAUAUUAGACCACGCCCACAAGGCUGAAGUUGUGUCAUAAUGAUAGAAACUUUAUUAUACCACGCCCACAAGGCUGAAGUUGUCAUAACAAUGAUAAAAAAGUAUCUUAGACCACGUGCACAAUGCUGAAGUUUUGUCAUAAUGAUAGAAACUAUAUUAGACCACGCCCACAUGGCUGAAGUUGUGUCAUUAUCAUAUAAACUAUUUUAGACCACGCCCACAAGGCGGAAGUUGCGUCAUAACAAUGAUAGACACUAUUAAACCACGCCCACAAGGCUGAAGUUGUCAUGAUCGAAACUAUUUUAGACCACGCCCACAAUGCUGAAGUUGUCAUAACAAUGAUAGAAAUUAUCUUAGACCACACCCACAAGAAUGAAGUUGUCAUAAUGAUAGAACUUAUCUUAGACCACGCCCACAAGGCUGAAGUUGCGUCAUAAUGAUAGAAAUGAUCUUAGACCACGCCCACAAGGCUGAAGUUGCGUCAUAGUAAUGAUGGAAAUUAUCUUAGACCACGCCCACAAUGGCUGAAGUUGCGUCAUAAUAAUGAUAGAAAUUAUCUUAGAUCACGCCCACAAGGCUGAAGUUGCGUCAACGAUGGUA